AUGAGAAACAAGACAACUUAUAGCGUUAGAGAUCGAAAUCGUUCUGCAUGCACAUUAGUAGACACAAAAAUAUAUUGUUUUGGUGGUGGUAAAAAUUCGGCCUCAGAAGGAAGUUACAACAUUUAUGAUGACCAUUUCAGUUUGGAUCUUACAACAAGUCUUACUGUCAAUCAACCCAUUACAGAUUGGGUGAAGAUCAAUCCACCAACCGAUUAUAUAGUGGAACGAAGAUGGGGUCAUGACUUGGUAACUUUGGCAGACAAUACUUCUGGAUAUAUCAUGACCAUGGGGAACUGUAACUCUGAUGGGAAAACCAUUCUUCAAAACGUCACAACAAUAUAUGCUCCUGUUAAUCAAUCCUGGACAAGCAUACCUAUGGACUCUUCUUCUAUGCCAAGCAGCUUUGCAUCUUCAGCUUUAAUGGAUAGUAAAGGGGUCAUGUGGUCAUAUGGUGGACUCAUACCCAUGGAUAAUCAAACAUAUGUACUUGAUGGAUUUUACAAUGAUAAAGCAAACUUUACCCAUGUCAGGUUACCAACGAAUAUAUAUGGACUAGAUACAAAGACCUGGCAGUGGAUAUCCUUAGCAAUACCAACUCAAUAUAAUGUCACUGCCGAUCAUGGAGCGGCGAUCACGGAAGAUAACAAGAUGUAUAUUAUAGGAGGAAUGACCAUCGAUAGCAAUCAAGUCAAUACAAAUAUUACCAAUAGUCGACGAUAUGUACCUAUGGAUCAAAUCUUGAUUUUUGACACUAUCGAUCAUACUUGGCAACAAGUUACAACUAAAGGCACCAUACCUUCACAACGUAGAGCAUUUACUUUGACUUAUUUACCUCAAAAAAAACAACUUCUAUUGUAUGGUGGAGUUUAUGAUACUGGAAGUCGGUUUAAUGGACGAGUAACAGUACUUGAUGUUUGUUAUAUCUUGGAUAUUACCUCUCUUACAUGGACUCCUAUUGAUGUUCAUGCCGAACCAAACAAACCAACCUCUAUUGGAUCUGGUCAACUCUAUGGUCAUAGUUCGGUACUUUAUAAUACUGAUCUUUUCAUCAUGUUUGGUGUGGAUGAGAGCAAUGGUUAUCGAGCUGAUGUGAAUAUAUUGGAUACUACAACUUGGGCAUGGAAAAUAACAUAUAAUGGUACUACUUUUUGGACAACAGCUAUGAUUAUUGGUUUGGUUGUUGGCAUUGUUGGCGCCUUUGUUCUAGUUGGCGUUGUCGUAUACCUUCUCCGAUUCCGGCGAACCAGUAAUUUGGAUGAUGGCAAGAAAUUCCUUCCAUCAAAACGACCUAAUGACCAGUUUGUCAUUGAUACAGCAGAUCCUCGAUUACGUAUGGAAGAAGAUCCUGUUUUUAUCGAAUCACCAACGGAUGAUCCAACAGUAAUACUUGAUAGUCAUGGCUCUCCAGCAACACGAUCAGCCACACUCACCUCUUUGUCCACCAGUAUGCAUAGUUCACAUAUGGAUCGGCCAUUGUCUGCGACUAUUUUAGGAUCUAUUGCUUUAGCUAAUGGACUCACUACUCGACCAAUGUCUUCCAUGUCUCAUGGCGUUACCGAAUCGACCUUUACCUCCUUUUCUGGUACAACAAAGCCUGACCUGAAUGACCUUCCAAGUACACCAACCACAGCGACACAAACAAUACAACGGAUCAAGCCGGAUGGUGAAAGUUAG